GAUUAAUCAUAACAAGUGAAACGUUCAUUACAAUCAUUAAUCAUGAUGUGCAAGUUAGUAUUGGCUACUUUGGCUGUAUACCUAUGCUUAGAAGCAGCGUAUGGACAGCAUUCUUAUGGAUUGAAUCCUGGUCAGCAGCGCCACGCAACUGGCUUCAACCCUAAUCAAAAUAGGCCCCACGCUACUGGUUUCAAUCCAAAUAUUGGCAGUGGACGCCACUACAGAGACUUGAGCAAUGCUGACACAGGCAGAAAAGUUCUCGCACCUCAAGCUGAUUCAAACGGACCUGCUCGUCACGGAUUUGAACGCGGUCCAGGACCCGUAAUUCCUCAUCACUAAUAGAUUCAAGAAACAAUAAAUGCCGAUGAACCUUUUAUAUACUCUAUACUAUAAUAUACAUUUUUAAAGUUGAAU